GAUGCCUACAAGGCUAUCUAGUUGUUCUUGGAGAAACAGUUAGAGUUGGUGUUGGACUUGAGUAGCCUUUCUCUUUCCUGGAAUAUCUCUAUCAAGCAUAGGCCAUGGGGUGGUUCUUCAGUAUCCCGUGUCUAAUGGUGUGGCUGUUGAGGUUCUUCAGUGAGUCCUUCUGUUCUGUGCUGCAGGAAGGGGGUGUUCUAUGUGGAGAUGAGGGGAUGACUCUUUAUCUGCCUUCUGAAGCCAGAGAAGGUGCUAAACUACUGACAACAGAUGGCUUUGGUGUUCAUGUGAUUGAUAAAGACUACGCGGAGAAGUGUCACUACACUCUGGGAGAUGAUGGCCAGUACUUCUAUGCUGCCUAUAAGGCCUGUGAAGUGAAGGCAGAGAAUGGCAGCUUCUCCCUGGCUGUGCAGCUCAACUAUACUUCUGAGGGGGCUCCUGCAGGCGAAACCUACAUGAUGGUGUGUGAGCAGCCCCAGUCAGAUAAUGUUCCUGGAAUCCAAGUAGGAGCCACUAAAUGCACACAAACUGGAAUGGAGGUACCUAUCAUGCAAACUCUUCCGCCCCUUGAUGAGCCUUCUGUAGCUUCAGUGUGGUCCGUGUCCAUUGCUGGAAGCUGGCCCAUGACCCUGGCCGCUGCCAUGCAGAAAGGCUACUCCUUCACGAACGUCCGGGGCAACAUGAUCAUUGGUGCUUCAUUCACCGCUGAUGCAAUCCAGGUGUUUGGGCUGGGUGCACCUGAGAGGAGACUCUAUCUUGCACGUCUCACCUUGAUCUACACGCCUGGCUUUAGAAUUAACAUAUUGAUGAUCUGUGUGCCUGAUCCAGUCACUUGUGAUGCCACCAGCAUGAACAUCUCUGUCCCUAAAUUCUCUGGUACUUUUUUGGGUAUGGCCAUUGGAACAGCCUGGUACACCUCAUCUAGAGCAGUCCCUGAUAUUUCCAUCUCGACAAAAGGUGCUUUACAAAUAACGGUGUCGAGACGUCUCUCUGUAGUUGGUACCAAGCGCUGUGGCCCAGAUGGGUCUGGCAUACAGUCCUUCCUGCCAGAGACCAGCCUCUCCUUCAAUAUGGGGGGAAAACCAGUCACGAUGUUGCUCAAUCCUACAUGCCCCUGUCGGAACACCACAGGAGGCCCUACGGCAUUAUGCAUAGGUGGCAAAAUGAACUUUGAAGUCCUCAGCACUAUUACUGUGCCUCCCUUGGACCUGUCUACUGUGAGGCUGAGGGAUUCCUCAUGUGGGCCAACUUCCUCCUCUGCAGGCCGCCUUGUGUACAGCAUCCCUCUCCUGAGCUGUGGCACAACCCUAACAGUGGUAGGUGGCAAACUCAUUUAUGAAAAUGAGGUCCGCUCCCUGCUGAGAGAUCGGACUAUGGGUAUAAUCACGAGAGACAGUGAAUUCAAGCUGACCCUGAGGUGCUACUACAAUGGAAGUGUUGACACAUCAUUGGGUGUCAAUGUGAAUACAAAGGCCCCACCUCUGCCUGUGCGAGAACAAGGCAACAUUGUUGUGGUUCUUCUUGCUUAUCCAGAUGUUCAGUACAGCAGGCCCUAUGGCACCCGGGACUACCCCAUCCUGAAAUACCUGCAGGAGCCAGUGUACCUGGAGGUGCAGGUGCUCAACAGACAGGACCCCAACAUCAAGCUGGCUCUGAAUGACUGCUGGGCUACUGCGUCCCCUGAUCCCAGCACUGCUCCUCGCUGGGACAUCAUUGUGGAUGGCUGUGAGUAUGAGGAGGACAACUACAAGACUGUGCAGCACCCCAUGUCUCGCUUCCCGACUGUCCAGUUCCUAAACCACUACAGGAGGUUUGAGGUGAAGAUGUUCACCUUUGUCUCCGAGGGCCACCAGCUGACGGACUCGGUGUACUUCCACUGCAGCACCUUGAUCUGUGCCUCCCAGAGGCCGGACUCUGCCUUGUGCUCCAGAAGCUGCCCCAGUGGAUUUCAAGGGAGGAGGAGACGAGGCCUGAACAGGGUUCCCUCUCAAUACAUUACUACACCCCCAGUAACCAGUUUGCCAGGAGCUGUAGCUGUUCAGAAGACUCUCCACUAGACUGGUUGAAUCCAGCAGUGCCUUUGUCUCAACUGAAGUUGAAUGCUCUUGCAAUUGCUGAAAUACUUAUUGUUUUGGAAUAAUAAAUUGAGGGAAAAAUCA